AUGAAUAUCAACGUCGCUGAUUACUUAUGCUGGUUUAAAUGUGUCGGUCCUUCUAGAAGUAAUAAAUUCGAAUGUAAACUGAGUGUAAAAAUUGUGAAACCAUUUAGAAUCUAUUGCGAGGGUGGAAAUACGUACGGGUCAAGUGAAGAAGCAAUUAUUCACCGAGAGGUUGAAAUACCAUCUUUACCAAACAAAUAA